CUUUAGAAACUGUUAAGACUAUCUAAUCUUAAGUUACUUAACUCUGACUGUUGUUAUACUAGUCACAUAUCAGCAUCCACCGCCAACACAGUCCCGCUUUGGUCAUCCUUCGACCGAUAUAUAGCCAAAAUGUGUAUUAAACGUUAUGUCGGUUUCUUUUCCUGUGGCCAUCCAGAUCAGGGACCCGAUGCGAUUGUAAGUGUUGAGUUCUGUAAAAGGGCUCACUCUUCAGGAGUUGUCUGCGAAGAUUACCGAUGGUUUAGGAUGCUGAGCCAACAAAACGGUGCUUUGCAGCACGAACCGGUCUAUCCACAAUGUCGACCAGGUUGGAAAAUGAUCUGGCAGGAUCGUACUGAUACCCUUGAGAACUCGCGAUAUGUUCUCCGUGUACUUCUGAGCAGCGGAUUUCUGAACAGCAGACAUCUGAACAGCCAAGACCGCGAAGCUCUAUUGGCUACGUUCGAAACCUUUCCGGCAUAUUUAGAUGACGCAAUCACAAAGGAGGCCCACAAGGGCUCUUCCAACUUGUCAAUUCUAGUUCUGAAAGCAGGGUGGCUUUCAUUGAAGCGUCGUAUAGAGGAUGCAAUCAAUUGAUCACUCCGGUCCGAACUGUCGAGGACAGAUAGUAUUGGCUGCUUGGAAAUAUCUGGGGAAAAGGCGUCAUAAAUCUGGUUGAUUGCUGUUCUGCAGUUGUCAAAGUUCCAUGUGAACAUUCAUUUGGUCUUAUAUGGGCAUAGCGAUCUCCUUUUGCGAUUGAAUCGAUUAUUGAAUCAAGUCUGCUGUUCAUUGAGUUCCGACACUACACAACCGUUCUGAAGUAUUGUGUUAUUGAGUGGAGAUCUAGCCCUAAAUCUGAAUUAAGUAAUUUGGGUAGAAGACUUGGUAGUGAAAGUGGAAAUUGAGGAUACCAUGAACUCGAUAUCAUAUGUCUUUUUAGGGAUUGGUGAUGUU